AUGAACAAUGAAAAUUUUAACAAAGAUAUUGAUGUUACAGAAUCCAUAGGAGAUUCAUCACCAGCUCAACACAACGAUAGAUCCUACCUCGCCCAUUUGGUUAGUGAAAUGAUAUUGGAAUCUAAAAUAAAUGAAUUCGACGAAAGAGCUUCCCAUAUGCUUGUGGAUAUAUUACAGAGUAACAGCAUAACGAUUAAUGGAUUAUUUAUAGGAGAGGCAUUGGCAUUGCUAAAGGCUUCAGCUGAGAACAGCGAGAAGCGUUUAUCAUCUGAGAAGGAGAAAUUAUUCUGCGGUAGCAACUCGGCUAGUACAUUAACAAAGCCAAAUAUGAAGGUGACUGAGGAAGAUGCCCAGCUUGCCUGCCAAGACUAUAUAAAUAACAACGUCGUUCAGCCAGGAAUUUUGAGGGAUAUUCUUGAGAUACAAAAGUACGCCAACAAUGUUAGAAUUGGAAGUAAACCGUAUCCAUCUGGUUCACGGCAAAAAUCGUACUCUUUAUACAGAGGAGAAGAUGAGUUUGGUCAAUUUCCUACUGGUCCAAUUCCUCAUUUACCAGAGAACAUUUCAAUCAACACCUUGGUAAAUUAUAUACACAUUCAUAACAUAUUAAUUUGA